GGCAGUACUUUUCUCUUCCUCUCGGGAAAGGGGCAGCUUUCUAGUGGGAGGGGGCAAGCGAGAGGUGUGUAGUUGAGGUGGUAGACAACUUUGGGGGCAGCCAAUUGAAGAGGGGAGGUGUCUCCUGAUAAGUGGGGUGAGCCCCAUUUCCAUUGUUAUUAUUAUUAUUGAGGGAAAUGACAGAUCGGGAGCAUGCUUUGGGGGGGUUAUGUGCAGGGUGUUUUGCGUUAGGGUUUUUGGGGGAGGGGUGAUAUAAAGGUUUGGUUUGGGGGUGGGCUUUUUUUAAAAGGGACCAGCUCAGGGCCUCUUGGAGUUGGCAGCCAUUAAGGAGGCACAGGGCAAAUUGGGGGUUCUCUGGGGUACAAAGGUUAGUUAGCAAACAACUCCCCCCCCAAUCUGGGUGUCUGUAUUUUUAAAGCUGUCCUGGGGUGGCUGUUCAGGCGGGUAUUUUUGUGCCUGGCGUAGGGAUUUGGAGCGGCACUAGGUUUAUUUUUUUAUGCAGAGUGGUGCAGGGUUUUGCUUUUGGUGGGGUAGCCUCUGGAUUUUUCUUCUUCUUACUUCCUCCGUUAUUUGAAGAAGGAAAGAGGACGAGGCACUACAGAAGAGACCUGUAUGCGUGCUACCUUCUAUUACUUUUUUUUUUGCUUCGUUCCUGGAGGAGUUUUUUCUCCACGUAUAAAUCUGCCUGUUGAUUUCCUAAAAGGAAAACGAAUAAUAAACCCAUAAACGCACACUGAACCUGCCUUCGGGAGGGAAAUAGCCAGGUGAAAACGCACUCUGUUUCCAUGGACAACCCAUCCAUUAUCACCCAGGUGACUAACCCCAAAGAGGAAGAAAUCCUGUCUUGCUCUCAGGAUAAAGUGUCCCAAUGUAAUCUCAGUUUGAAGAAGCAGAGGAGUCGAAGCAUUUUUAGCACUUUGUUCUGCUGCUUCCGUGACUACAAUGCUGAGCCACUGUCUCCCAACAGCACCAGUGUCCUUCCUCCAUUGGUGGAAGAGAAUGGCGGGCUUCAGAAGGGUGACCAGAUGCAGGUCAUUCCCAUACCAAGUCCACCAGCUAAAUACCUCCUGCCAGAAAUGACAAUAUCUGAUUAUGGAAAGAAAUGUGUGGUCAUUGAUCUAGAUGAAACACUAGUGCACAGUUCAUUUAAGCCAAUUAGCAACGCUGAUUUCAUUGUACCAGUUGAAAUUGAUGGAACUAUACAUCAGGUUUAUGUAUUAAAACGACCCCAUGUGGACGAGUUCCUACAGAGGAUGGGGCAGCUCUUUGAAUGUGUGCUCUUCACAGCCAGUCUAGCAAAGUAUGCAGACCCAGUGGCAGAUUUGUUGGAUCGCUGGGGUGUGUUCAGGGCUCGGCUCUUCAGAGAAUCCUGUGUUUUCCAUAGAGGAAAUUAUGUGAAGGAUCUAAGCCGACUCGGGCGAGAGUUGAGUAAAGUUAUUAUAGUGGAUAACUCCCCUGCAUCUUACAUCUUCCAUCCUGAAAAUGCAGUGCCUGUGCAGUCUUGGUUUGAUGACAUGACAGACACAGAAUUGUUAGACCUCAUUCCUUUCUUUGAAGGACUAAGCAAAGAGGAGGAAGUCUACACUAUGCUCCAUAAACUCUGCAACAGGUAGCCCUUGAAGCCCCAAUUGCUGCUUGACAGCAGCUGCUUCAGGCCAGCCAAUCUCGCACAGCGUCUCAGAGAGGCUCCUCUUGUCAAGAGUGAGAAUGCUCUUGAUCUUCCUCUUACAUGCUGUGUACAUGAAGGACAAUCAUGAAUUGAUGCUACUAAAUCAUGGGAAUAUUGAUGCCGUAAAGUGAUAAGACUACUUAAAAAAAUAGAAGCUAUUUUGAAUGGGACGGUUUUAAUGAAUUUCAUAAAUGGACACGUUUUACAGGAUACAAUUUUUUCUUAAACCAUGCCAAAAAAAGUUAAGAGCUUGAUGUUUCAGCAAGUCAACUUGACCCUUUCCCCACCCAGCCCAUCCUGCUAUGCAGACCAUUUUCCCCACCCCUCCCUGCUUAUAGAGCAGUUGACCUGACUCUAAACUUGUCUUUCUUCCAUGAUGAAGUGCCUUUUUGAAUGUUGUUUAAGAUUUUAAAAAAAGACAAUUUUGUAUAAGGUGUAUUUCCAGACAUCUUUUAGUCUUGUAUUGUUUAAAUGCUUUAAGAAGAAGAGAAAGUUGGAAAUCCUUUUUAUAGAGCUCUGUAAUAUAUGGAAACAAAGGCGAAAAUGGAGAGGCAAUGGGGUUCUGUCUUAAAGAUAUUAGAGUUGCAUUGGCUAUACUUGUGUCACAUUCAAAAGGCUCAGGAGUAUAUGAGGAGAACGUCAUCUGGGUUAUAUAUAGGUUGGUGAUGCAACUGUCUUACUAAUAUGAGUCAUGUUUUGCACAUAGCUUAGGGUGUAUCUGCAUUUUUUUGACUGCAUAUGGCAAAAUGGAAUGGGAGAAACACACAGUGGCAAGUCGUUCUUCAGGAGGGGUCAUGUACUGUCUUUGCCAACGCACAACCGGCAGGUGUUUCUGACGUGGAUAGUGACAAUAUACUGAUCAGCACUGAAGACAAUGGGCUUAUUUAUAAACCUUGAAUUCCUUCCUUACCAAAAGAUGUAUAUUGAGCUGUUGAGAAAUAUGUGCCCAAGCCCCAAUGAAAGGAGUAGGAGAUCAUACAAGAGCACAACUCUCAUUUCUGUCAAUGAGGAUGUGCAGAGGAGACGUUUCCCAUUUUUAUUGUGCCCUGUAUAUUUUGUUUUUCUGAACUGCUGCUACUGAAAGUUCACCAAGUGGAGCUUGACCCCGGCUGUUGUACUGUUCUUCGCCACUGUGCCUGUGCUACUGAAACCCUUCAUUGUAAGCUACAAACAUGGGCAACAAAUAAAGUGCUAGCUUUGUGUAUCAAGCCUAUAACACAUAUUUUGGCUAGCUCAGCCAAAUGUGCCCUGCAAAAUUUCUUUUUUAAAAUCGAAGUUGUGUUCUCAAUGCUUCAUUGUGGGAUUUUUUUAAAAAAACAAACAAACCUAUUCCCUGCUUUUAUGCCUCUUCUUUUUUAAAUCACAAGAAUGGGUUAGCUUUCCAUGGCUAACCAUUAUUUUUAGCAUCUACCAGAUCAGACUUGGGACUGUCAUCCCUUUGCUGAAAAAAUGAGAUAGUUGGAACUGAAGUAAUCAACAUAAAAUACAUGCUGGAUUUGGCCAGGUGUUUAAAACUGGAGAGUUUGUAUUAAGAUUCUCAAAUUGUUCUCCAUUUCUUGGGCUUUUAUUCUUCAUGCAUUCUCUGUCUCUCCCGCCACUAAUUUGUUCAGUUAAAAAAUGUCAGUGUUAUCCUUGGAGAGAGAAUUUGUGGUAGCAAAGACAUCUAUCUUUCAUACCCUUUCUGGACCACUUGAAGCUAAAAGGUGCACCCAGCAGGACAAUCCCUUUUUGACAAUUUGCCUCUUUCCUCCCUUUUUUUUUGCACCAACUGAAAUCCUUAGUUGCUCAGAUUAGCCAUAUUGGACAGGAAUUGUCCAAUCAAAACACCUUUGGUGCUUAGCCCAGCAAACUAUCAGAUGCUGAAAUAGCUUCUCACUACUUGCCUUUAUCUGGAUUAUGGCCAGUAGGUGCUGAAAUAAGAUUUAUAGUCCUUCGCUAAAAACAUCUAAGAAGCAACUUAACCCAUUUAUUCCUAAGAGAAGCAAGCCAAUCUCUGCAGGCAUGAAAUAGGUUAUCACAGGCACAGUAGAAAACAGAAUUGUCACUCCAUUGUACAAUUUCACACAGUGUUUGCAGAGCUCUUAUGGCGUUGUUACAAGUAGUACAAUCCCACUUGCCCCAAAAUGAUCAUCCAUCUAUACACUGUCUACACCUUGUUGGCCCAACAGAGGUUACCUAAGUACUGUAUGUUUUGUCUGCCAAGAACCUGGCAGCAGAUAGAAUACCAACAAAUAGGGGCUGUUUUCUGUUAAUUUUUUUUUUUAAGUAUGGAUUCUGGUUAGUCCAUUAAGCUUCCCUUCAAUCAAAGUAUUCUUUAAUUUUGUAUUUGAAUUCAGUAUAAUGAAAACAGUUGUACUGCCAAAGCAUGUUCUCUUAGCAGUAUUUUUCCACUGUGCUUCUGGCCUUCUGAGCUUGGAAUACAGUCUGCAGGGGAAAGUAUUCAGGUUGUAGCAGGGGCAAGUAUGAUGGGAAUGGUUGGAAUUAUGGAGAAGUAAGCCGCAGGUGGUUCUUCUUACUCCUAAUUCAACUUCGCAAUCUUCCAGCUUACCAGUUGCCCAUCAUCGUGCCCUUUCUAGUGCGACGCGACCUUCUGACAGUUUGAUGCGAUCUGUUUGUAGAUAACGUAGACCAUUUUCAUUUGAUGUUCACUUUUUAUAAAAUCAUCAAUUUUAUCUCCAA